CCUCGUUAUAAUGUGAAAGCUCUUUUUAUGUUGUUUUAAAUCUUUUCUACACAGUAUUUUACAAACAAGCAUCUAUUAUAUUAGCCUAUAAAUAUGCAAACAUGUAUGCAAAUGUGCAAAAUGCAAAUACAGUAAUCAACAGCUCCCCCCAACCCCCCUGCUUCGAAACUGGCAUAAUUGGAAUUGCAACAUUUAAUUUGGCUCUUAGCUAAGUUGUUGUAAAAGUUUUAAACGCAAUAACAAACACACUAAACAACACAAGUAUAAAAUAUAUGACGUAUUGCGCCAUGUCGUGUAACCACAGGAAUGUAUUAGCCAAAUUAUGUGUUCAUACGGUGGUGCAAUUUUCCCUGAUAUAAUUACCUUUGUAGCAUUAAUUAGCAACAUAGUUGAGUCUUGGAUGCUGUAAACAAUUAAGCUCGUAUUCGCCAUUCGGUAAUUCCUGUAGGUAAGUAUACGUCUAUACUCUAUACUCUAUAGGCUUUUCUGCAUAAGACUACAUGGUCUUCAUGAACUUUUUUCCUGGCUUUUUUAUAGCUUCCUUUUACGUCAUACCUGGUGAUUUCUUUCACUUUCACUUUUACUCGAGUUCUGAUAUUAAAGCAGUAUCCUUUAACUCUAUGUUCAAUGUGUGUUGAUUUUAUAUCAGUACGUUUAUAUACUUAGGCAAAUUUAUGUUUUAAUUCUCAAAUGGCUGAGGCAAAGGAAGAGUUCACAUUCUUUUGGAAAAAACAUUCCCCAUUCAGUCAAUGGCACGAAUCAAGUUUCACUGUGGAUGGCAUGACUUUCAACUGUGCUGAGCAAUAUAUGAUGUAUCAGAAAGCAGGUAAGAGUGGAUAAUUCUAUUGCCUCCUCCCCCCCCCCCCUUAGGGCUCUUGCCACUUAUUGCAAAAACCAGUUUAUAGUCACAAGCUUGCUGCGACUGCUUGCAUAUAUACUUAAACCUAGAUUGUCGAAGAUUGUCGAGCAUUGUGUAUAUUGAACAAAAAUAAUUGGAAUUGACUCGUACAAUGAAUGAAAAAGAGGCGGUAAUAAUUUAUUGAUGCAAAAGUGACAUGUUAGGGGGUAUAGCUGCCAAUAGACUUACAGUAAAUUGUGGUAAAUUAUCAUACUAUAUCCCCUACAAAGUAGUGAAGAUGCAUUUGCAACAACCCCACCCACCCCAUUCUUGGAAUUUGCAAUCCAGGUUUGCGAUGCCUUUUAUAUACCGGUAUUUCUAACAUGAAAUUGUUAAAGGGGCCCAAUUAACCAGGCCGGGGCAUAUUUAUUAUGUGAAGGUGGAUAGUGGUAUUCACAAUUCAAUGCUAACCUUUUUUAUCAUCCAACACCAUAUUUUGUCAUUUUAGUUGUGUUUAAUGACCAGGAAAUUGCUGAGGAAAUACAACAAGCAAAAGAUCCAAUAACACAAAAGAAACUAGGACGUCAAGUUAAAAACUUUGAUGCACAAAUUUGGAAUGAGAAAUGCAGAGAGAUUGUUAAGAAAGGAAAUAUGGCUAAGGUAAAAGACUAAGAACAGAAAAAUUACCAGAUAUCCAUGACAAUUAUUGCAUAAUAAUUCCACCAGGAAGAGUAAUUACCAUGAUUACAAUAAUCACCAUUCUCCUUAUUACCAACAACAGUAACAUUAAAUUCAUGACAUCACCAUCAGUGCAGUCAUCAUGAUUAUCAUCAUCAUCAGGAUCAUCACCACCACUAUCAAUGGCAUCACCACCAACAUCACCACCAUCAUUACCAUGAUCAUUAAAUAUCACUACUGUUAACACCACUAUCAUAGUGAUCACAUUAUCAUGAUCACAUCAUCACUAUGAUCACCACAUCAUCACCAUGAUCAUCACCAUGUCCAUGAUCAUCACCACCACCACUCAGUCACCACCACCAUUAUCACCACCAUUAUCACCACCACCAUUAUCACCACCACCAUUAUCACCACCACCAUUAUCACCACCACCAUUAUCACCACCACCAUUAUCACCACCACCAUCAUCACCACCAUGGCACCAACUGUGGCAUAACCAUUCACUAACAUAAAGAUUUUUCAUAGUUUUCACAAAAUGCUGGCCUUAAAAAGAAGUUACUGGCAACAGGUGAUACAGUGUUAGUUGAAGCCAGUCCUGUUGAUCGUAUCUGGGGUAUAGGACUAGCUGAAGAUGAUCCGAGAGCAAAGGACAAGAGUCAAUGGCAGGGAACUAACUGGUUGGGUUAUGCUCUUACUCAAGUGAGAAAUGAACUACGCGAGAAUACUGGUUAAAAAGUGCCAAUAGAGUUAUAAUUAGCUUUGUCUCUGGCAUGCAUGCAUUGUGAAAUUAGUAUAGGUAAUAGCAUGGUUUCGAGUGAAAUUUGGAUAUAACAUGUACGAGUGAGUUUUUCAAAGACCUCAAAAUAGCACGAGUCCGAUUACAGAAAAUUGCACUGCUGUUUGGGAUUAACUGCACUGAAAUCAACCAAUCACAGUCGAGUAAUAUCUUUAUGCAUGAGCGGAUUUACUGGGGGGGGGGGAGUUAAACCCCUCCUAGAAUCUCUCUAACCCCUCUUAUAAUGUGUUCAACCCCACCAAAAUUUUGCUUCACCCCUCCUAUUUAGUGUGAAAAUCUUUAACCUUUUAACGCCUAAACCCUGUUGAAACUCGCUCAGUGGUGCCGCUUGCACCCCACCAGAAAUUUUUCUACCCCUCCUUUAAAAAAAAUGAAAAUCCGCCCUUGUCUUUAUGUAUAUUAUUAUGUACAUUACCAGUAGAUUGCUCAGGCAAGUGCGUUAAGAGCAACCAUGCAGUGUCUCAAUGAGGCAUAGGGACACACACAUUAUGGGUUUUUUUUCCGUAAUGGGCAAAUUCUCGAGCAUAAAUGGCAAAAUGCAUAAUGUGUGUGUCUUCAAUAAUCUGGUUUCUUACACAGUGAAUUGGCGGAAUUAAUAUUAGAAUGCUGUAUUAUUAGAACAGCAUUCUAAUGAUGUGUGUCACUAGGGAGUCAUGGAGCGUGACAGUUUAUCUUAUAGAACUGUGCAGUUUCUAUUUUAGUGCACUUUUAAAUAAUUAACAAUAAUGUGGUUCAUAACGUGGAAAGUCUAACACUCUAAACUCAUCUGACUCAUAUAUUGAGGAAUCGAAUUGAAAGUCAAAACCUCAGGAACUGAAUGAAACAGGGACCACGGAGCUGGGUUAUCCCCGCCCCCCCCCCCACUUUUUUACUGAGUAAGAGGAAAAAAGGUAAUUGUAUAUGGUUAAAAUAAUCUGACCACAACAGGCUUUGUUCACUCGCAUGCCCCCCUCCCCAUUUAAUUCCUAACACACUCUGUGGUCCGCACUGCAUGUGAAAGGGGUGCAAUACACCCAUCCAGAAAGUACUUAGCCAUGGCUACAGAGCUUUGUUUCCGUGAUUGAAACAUUACAAACUUAUAAUAAACAGGUCUUUUAUAUUCCCUGAUAUAACUGUAUGGUUUCGUAAAUGUGUCGCCUGUAACAAGGUAAAGCCGUAAAGGGCUCUGAAACGAAUACUCAAUCUUACGAAUCUUAGAAACGGGGCUCUAUAGGCAAGGCUGAGUACUUUCUGGAAGGGUGUAUUGUCUGUAUUGGUUGAGUGAAAAGUUAAACAUCGUGUUAUGGCCUAUUAGUAUUAAUGUAUCAUACUGAACAUUUAAUAAAACGUUUCUUGCAUUUAUCGAAGUUGUUGUUGAUUUGAAUUUUGUCAGGGUGAUAUUGCCCUGACAGGAAAUUUCUGCGAGCA